AUGAAUCCUUCUCUUCUAAUCCCAGUUUUCUUUCUCCUAUUCUUCCCGGCCUCUAUUCAAGUUGCCUAUAAAAUGGUGACCGUUUGGGGAGCCCCUGAGCCAUACUCCAGUUAUCCAUUGUCUGUAAGAAUGGGUAUUUCAUGGGAUGAUUGUGUCCAGGACUGUUUUUCUGGGCAAUUUUGUAUUCUGGCUUAUGGAAAUAGUUCAUUGUUAUGUGCACUGUAUCAAAUGGGAGAUAUUAGAAAGAUAAGGAAUGAUAAAGAGGCGUCGGAAUCGCUGGAGAAGGUUUCUUUUAAAAUCGAAGCCACUAAAAAUUGUACAAGCGAAUAUUCCGGAAUGUUUGAUGGAGUUCUCACUACUUUCAAUGGUUCUCUAAUAAAUAGUUCUGAAAUUAUCACAUCGGAAGAUUUUUAUACAUUUAAAUAUGUUUCCUACUAUAUAGGUGAUUGUGGAAUGCAAUUUGAGCCUGAAAUUGAUUGUUCGUGCUUCUUAACGAAUUGGUGCGCUGGUGCUCAUAUGGAUGGUGCCAGUAUGGGUAGUAUGGAUGGUACCCUCGAUAUGGAAUUUCCACAGAACUGUUCUAUGUAUAAAUUGAAUGAACUCGAAUCGUUUGAACGCAUUGAAGAUCUUGGUCCUUAUCCUGUGUCUGGUGAUUAUUUCUACAUAACGUUGAAAUUCUCAAGCUCAACAUGCCCUGGAACUUACACUUCUCUGUUUAGUGGUAGUCAGGAAUCUAACUUUGGGUAUUUUACAAGUUUCUCGUCUUACGCAUUAACAACGACUGGCUUACACACAUCUAUUGAAUUUUGGAGUACCUUAACAAAACAACAUGUGAAGGCGAUUACGUUUUCACUCUUGAUAAUGUUGGUGGAUGUUAUGGGUCUAGCGGUUGAACGAUGUGAAACUAUUGGUGGUGAUGGUCUAAUGACUCUACCGAAUCAGGAUGCACUUCAAAAAAUGAUAACGGCUAAAGAAGCCGUUUUCAAAGUCAGUGGCUUUUACUUUGUGGGAUAUACCAGACCAGAUGAAAACAGUGACUGGGAAUGGACUCUUCCACAUCUGGAAUUCGGUGAUAAUCCUGUUUCAAAGAUGUCGGGAAACAUUUUAGAUGGUCCAGGUUUGUACUCGGUGAUCGAUCUUCGGUCAAAUGUCAAUGCUGUUCUUAGUGUUCGAACUGCUGAAGACGUCGCAGAUGGAUACUUUUGUCAUUUCCCCGGUAGAAAAGAUUGA